ACCAACAGGACCUUUUAAGGUAGCUAAAGUGUCAGACAUUUCCUUUAAGUGUGUCCUCUUACCUUAUAAAGAUAAGUUUGUUGUCAUGCCUUUUUUACACAUGCAUAGUGACAGGGCAUAGUUGGAGUGGUGGGUAUAAGGAGGGAGGGUGGGGAGUUUGAGUAGUGGGAGACCAAUGACUAAUAAUAAGACAAAUGACUGCCAGACUAACAGAAAAACAGCACAUUUACUCCAAAUGAAAAAGGGCCCAGAAAGGGUUCUGGAUACUUGUGAAUUUUAAUGAUGUAAGUAUCUUUAACGAAAAUGGUUGGUAAGACAUACAGAAACUAACUACAAUAAGUGCACUCAGAACGUGUUGAAAGUCAGACUAUAACAACAAUACAAACGACUACAAAGAAAGACAAUUAAUGAAUGGAAAACAUUUUGGGUUAUUAUUUCCAAAGAAAUUAUGAAAUAAUGCUCAUUUUAAUCCGUAGUAUUUUCUUUUUCAGAUGUAUAUAGUUGUGGAAUUUACUGAAACAAAAACAGUAAACAUUAUAUCAGACUCGUGGUUUGAAGAUGGUGUGACUUGGUGGCCAAACUACAAAAGUGAUGAACGCAUCAAUAGAGCUGUCCAAAAACGGGAGGAUCCAGGACCAGACUGGAAACAGUAUGAUGUUCGAGUCCUCUUUAGAGCUGGUACGGAACCAUUUAGAAAGUUAACUUAAUAAGGCAUUGAAAUUAUUAAAUCAUUAAAUAUUUGAAAGUUUAUAUUUAAUUAUUUACUAAUAAUUCAGAUUUUCAAAACUUAUCAGGUGACUACAUGAAGGCAAAAGAAAAGCUGAGGGUUUCACUGAUCUGUAACACGUCAGAGUUACAAACUGAUGACGAGGAACAAGUAAUUAUGAAGAAAAGAAAAAGUAAGCCAAGGUAAGAGAAAAUCUGAGGGAUCUGUAACACUUAAGAGUUACAAACAGAUGAUGUUUUUAAUAAGGAUAAGUAAUUAGCCAAUGUUGUUCAAUUCUAAACUAGUUUUUAUGUUGCACAUACCAGGUUGUUAGCUGUUUUGCUUUGCUUGUUAGGAUCAUUUUUGGUGAUACAGACUCUGACAGUGAGGCAGAUGAGAGGAACAAGAGAAGACGCACCUCCACUCCAUUGCCUCCUAUUCCUCCACCCACUCUCAAUGUAGUUUGCCAGACCACUACUAGACCUCUGCCAGGCCAGAGGCAUACUACAGCUCCUGCACCACUUGUCCCUAGCCCUCCACCUUACAUGCUUCCAAGUCCUCCACACCACUUCUCUGCUGGACAUCGUCCAGAUUUGAGGAGGCAAUCUGACCGUGCUUGUGACACAGCUCCAAUGUCACUGGUUGACACCCCUACGCGUCUGCCCUCAAGUCCUGUGUGGCGGAUCUCUGCCACCCCUCUGUCAGAAAAUGGCCAAGACCACCUUUUCGUUCCUAGCUUUAGACUGGGGAAGACCGGCACUGGACCUGUUCCUUGCUCUGCGGCUCAGCUGCACAUCCUGACCCUGCUGGAACACAUCAAGCAGCAACAAAUGCAACUUGCUGCUGCUGUCAACAGUCUUGCUGCAAGAGUGGGUACAGAAACUCCAGUGGCUGAGAUGCCGGACAAUAUGAGUUUCCCACUGGCCACCAUGUCUGAAGUGGAGGAGUUGGAGGAGUGGCUGAAAGACUCAAGGAAUUCUCAUGCUAAGCAAAACAUGAAGCUGUAAGGAAGAAUCAUCAGAGUGCACCGGACAGUGAGAUUGACUCUUGCGCCAUAAGAUGGUUCAACCUGGCAUCUGACAGGGGAGGCGGCCGCAAAGACAGGGCGAUGGCCAAGGAGACCUCUUAGUUUGUGUCUUCUGUCUAACUCAUUGUUCAUUCCUGUUUUAUGUGUGCAUUUAGUAUUGUUAAAGUGAAUCAUUAAACUAGGACAUGGUUUUCUUCCUCUUAUGCAUUUGAUUUGAUUUAAUAAAAGAUUUGUAUUUUUUAUUAUUUGUAUUUUUAUACAUUUGUG